AGUCAACAACGAGCCAUCACAGAGAACGGACGCUUCUGCGCACGAGAAUUGUGAAAUAUUUUGACAAAAUUACCGAAAACCGAAAAUCGUCGAGAAUCGAGAAUUUAUGACUAGACAACGUUAAUCGUUUCGUUUACAAUUUUUUUUUUUUACGUCUUUUACGAAAGAAUUUAAUAUUUUUUGUCUGUUGUUGUUAAUGUGUGUGAGAAACUGAACCAUAAAAAAAAUAAAUAUAUAAAAAUAGAAAUAAUAAUACAAAAUAAUACAAAGAAGAAAAACCUUUACGCAAAUUAUAGUGGACAAGUGCGCUGGUCCUUAACAAAAAUAAACAAAUAAACCAAAAAAAUAAAAAGGAGACAAAAAACAACAAUGGAGACAACAACCACUUUGGCAACUCCUACUGAGGAAAUUUAUGCAGAAUUUAUUGCCGCACCGGCAAGUAGCAUGAGCCCUUCGGCAAUUGCAGAACAUAUGCAACAGAAUCAAAUCACAUUCGAGAUACCCACGGCUCAUGAUUUGCGGCACAUUGAUGCGAUGCAUUCAUCAUCAUCAUCAUCGUCGUUAUCAGCCGCCUCAUCCUAUUUGUUUAACUUCAAUACACUAUUGUCAUCGAAUGAUGGUUCUGGUAAUAGCAUGAACAGCAUUAGCACGGAGCAGCUAUCAAAAUCUGUGGUGCUUGAUCUUGCCGAUUUGCGUGAACAGUCGGAACAUACGGAUUCAUGGUGGUCGGAUAUAUUUGGUGAUGCAGCCGAUAUGAAUGUUAUCAUAAAUUAUCUAUGGAUUGGUGUGGUUAGCUCUCUGGUCAUUCUAUCGCUAGUCUUUAUCAUCUUUAGCUGCUAUUUCUAUAGGAAAUUUCGCACAUGGAAAAAAUGCAACAAGGACAUUAGAGCACAAAUCCAUGCCUCAAACGAUUCCUAUUCCUCACAUGGAGUGAGCCAUCAUCUGAUUAGCUGUGAUGCCAGUCGUCUGUUGCUUCAGCAACAACAACAGCAUCAGCAUCAGCAGCAGCAGCAACAGCAUCUGUCAUCGGGCAACAAUGAGAUGGAGGCGGCCUUCUAUCAAAUUGAAUCCCCACCUUGUUAUACAAUUGCCACUGGUUUACCCAGCUAUGAUGAGGCACUGCAUCAUCAGCCGCGUCAUUUUGCCUAUGGCAUGAAGUUUGUAUAUCCCAGUCUUGCUGCUGUUCAUCAUCAUCAAGCACAGGCCCAGGCCCAGGCCCAGGCACAUGCACAGGCACAAGCACAAGCCCGCAUUUGCAAUUGGGAAAAGGACGAACUGCAGCAGCAUAAACUGCAAAAGUGCAAACUGUCAGCGGCAGUAGCAGCAGCAAUGGCAACAUCGGGGCAAGAGGAGAAUAAAGCCAAUGCCGCAGCCUCCAACUCAGUCUCAGUUUUGCCUUCUGCCAUUUGCAUUAACAUGCCGGAUGAACCAAAGCAGCAUCAGCAUCAGCAGCAGGAGGAGCAACAGCAGCAACAGCAGCAGCAGCAGGAGGUUGCAACUUUACAGCCAGCGGCUGCUGCUGACGAUGAUUGCGCUUCAUUGGUUGUUGUUGUUUCGGCGUGAUUGCCCAGCCACUAAAGAGUUGAGUUACGCAAGGGUCGGAGAGUGGGAGGAGUCGUGGGAGUAGCAGUAUGGACAGCGGCAAAAACAGAAGCCGUAUGAAUGGAUGGGAGGGAGGAUGGUUUCGAUGCUUAGUCACUUGUAAAUAGUUUGUGCAACAUCGUCUGCUAAUUUAGAGACUUCUAGCCUAAAUAAUCCAUACAAUCUACAAAGCCAACCAAGAAUAUUUACCCUUAAUUUUCCCGAUAACAAAAUAUAUACCCUACUCUUCCCCCCAACCCUUGUGUGGGUCUCACUGUUUGACUUUAGUUAAAAAAAUUAUUCUUUUUUUUUUUUUUAGUUAUUUGUUAUGUAAUUAUUGUAUUAUGCCCAAGACUGAGUAUUAUUUAUUAAAAGUAUUUUGUAAUGAUGAAGAACGGAGCUAAGUAAUUUAACUAAAAAAUUGUCUAUCGAUUAAGUACUAUUAAAUGUUAAGCAAAAUAUAUAUGUAUGUAUAAACAACAAAUUACAAA